AUGGCGAGCUUAUUUGGCUUUAGUGCUCCUGUGGAUAUUGAUGUCCGUUUUGUAGGGGAAGAACAAAGAAAAAUAGUAGAAGUGAAAGUCGAUAAAGAUCGUCGCGAAAAGUUUCCCUUGUAUUUUGAUGGGGAAACUGUCUCUGGUCAAAUAACGAUUCGACCAAAGGAUGGCAAAAAAAUUGAACAUCAAGGAAUAAAGAUAGAAUUUGUAGGAAAUAUUGAACUCUUUUACGAUCGUGGCAAUCAUUAUGAAUUUACAUCAUUAGUUCAAGAGUUGGCUGUACCGGGUGAGAUGCGCCAACCGCAAUCUUUCAAGUUUGAAUUCAAAAAUGUCGAAAAACAAUAUGAAAGUUAUCAUGGAAUAAAUGUUAAAUUGAGAGUGACAAUCUCAAGACGGUUGACCGCUGAUAUCGUAAAGGAAAAAGAUAUAUGGGUGUAUUCAUAUCGUAUGCCACCGGAUAGUAAUAACUCUAUAAAAAUGGAAGUUGGUAUUGAAGAUUGUUUGCAUAUUGAAUUUGAGUAUAAUAAAUCAAGGUAUCACCUUAAGGAUGUCAUCGUGGGAAAAAUAUAUUUUCUUUUAGUUCGUAUAAAAAUCAAGUAUAUGGAAUUAUCGAUUAUUCGACGUGAGACGACGGGCGCAGCACCAAAUCAAUAUAACGAGAGUGAAACUAUUACAAGAUUUGAAAUUAUGGAUGGUGCGCCAGUACGCGGCGAGACGAUUCCUAUUCGUCUGUUUUUGGGUGGAUUUGAACUUACGCCUACUUUUCGUGAUGUGAACAAAAAGUUCUCAACCCGUUAUUAUCUGAAUCUUGUUCUCGUUGAUGAAGAGAAUCGACGGUACUUUAAACAACAAGAAAUCACAAUUUACCGAAGGCGAGUUGAUGAUGGUCUACCUCCAGAAGAUGGUAAUGAAUAA